GCUCGCCUACCAGGGAGUGGACGAGAGAAAGCUGAGGGCUACUGUAACUCACUGCAUGAGAGGAGCGUCGCUGAUAUCGUCUGCAUACAAUACACAAGUAACCUGCGCUUUUCUAUCCGUAUAAAUCUUGGACCUUCUGUCUGGUGCUUCCGUUUGAGUUUUUUUGUGUGCAUUUCUCUGUGAAAUAAGAGUAGGCUAUUUCGAGAGCUGCCUUGCAAAUCAUUUCUCUUCCGUCUUUCUGGGACUUUGUAGUUAAUGUCAGAGGAUUCAACCCCAGAACGUAAUAAUGUAACUGAAUCAAAGACUACUUUUUUUCUGGACAAAUAGGCCUAGCUACACAAUGUUGAUUGAAGCAACCGAUUGAGACAGUCAUAGGCUCGUGUUCAAGUGAGGAUCAGCUCAAAGCAUAUCCACAACGCAUUACUGUUCCAAUGGAUUCCUGAAAAGGGGCGUACCAUAUGCAAGAAGCAGACAUUGCGGGCUGAUCAUUCUACUACAAGGGCGCAUUCUGUACAGUAAAGUUGACUGGCUGCUGGAACUCGAAAUGAAUGUUAGAAUAGCCCCAUUUAUUUGACCCGAUUAAAUAUUUGAAUGCGCAUGUUUUUAAAAGAAAACAGCGUUUCCACAUGCUCUUAUUGGAAUAGGCUAUAUGUCAUUUGGAAAUACGGUUUGAUUACUUUGUAUUAUUUUCUACCACGGCUGGAACAAGCGUUGCUAUGCAGAUCAUGCACUGUUGCCCAAUGUUAGCGAUACAUUUGAUCGUCUGACACCAUAUCUCAUUUUAGGGGAUAUCUUUUAGGCUGUCUCAAACAACUAUUGGAAAUGUAUUUUGCGUAAACAGCUUUCUGGAUAUUACAAAACCAUGAUGGCAAACGAGAAUCCUUACAACAGUCGCUUUAUUGUCGAAAAAUACAUCCAUCACAAACUGUUGAACAUGGGAUUUGUAUGGAAAUUUCAAGCAGAAAACGAUUCUCCAAAUAAUGGCUUUGGGGACCCCUCUACACCCAACUCCCCCGAAAUUUUUGCACGGAGGUCCCAGCCCACCGCCGCGGGCGAGGACACCGACCCUCCUUACCAAAACAGGAGUCCGCAACCUGACCCACAUGCCAGGCUCCACAGGGUCCUGCGCGAUGCGGGUGGCGAGAUUGAAAGAAUGUAUCAGCGGGACUUUGCAGAGAUGUCGGGGCAGUUGCAUUUUACACCCAGCACGGCACAGAGAAGGUUUACCGCUGUAAUAGAUGAGCUCUUCAGCGACGGGGUAAACUGGGGUCGGAUUGUGGCUUUCUUUGAGUUUGGAGGGACAAUGUGCGUGGAGAGCGUCAACCGGGAGAUGACGUCCCAGGUAGACAACAUCGCUCGUUGGAUGAUGGAGUACUUGAACGGACCCCUACAGAACUGGAUCCAGGAGAAUGGUGGCUGGGACGCCUUUGUGGAGAUCUAUGAGCAGCAGAGGAUCUCUCACUCCUGGCCGUACCUAAAGACAGUGUUCGGCCUGGCCGCCCUGGGAGCCGCUGGAGUCACCAUCGGAGCCUUGUUCACCCAGAAGUGAUUCAAAAGCCCCCAGAAGACCCUCCCUCUCGUCAAUCGCCUGCUACCAGAUGAAGGCUCCUUACCCAGUAGCCCCCCCCCUCAAAAAAAGGCCCACAGCAAGUUUUCUUUCCAAAACACUGGCAGCCUAUAACUUUGCUGUGCACAGACUACAAGAUUUCAUCUCUCAUUCCCAUCUCUUUCGUUUUUCCUCAUGUAUCUAUGAAAGCACCUCCCAGCUUAGCACUGCCCAGCCCGGGUCUGUAGCCUGGUUCUAUCCCAGAGCUCCCGGCUCUUCAAAGGAAACUGCACAACUCUGUUACUCCCCAACUGCCAACAGAACAGUUCUUUCAUACUCUAUGACCCGUCCUCCUGCGAAAUGAAAAGUACAGCCUUGUAUAUGCAUACACACACAGACGGAUGCACCCAUGCAUAUUCUAUACUACUGUAGGAACUUAACAACAAGGAAUAUCUAUGGAAAGAUUGAAUACAUACUUGUUGGAUAAUUAUACACUCAUACAUAGACACACACCAACAGACACAAUGAAUAUUGCAUUUUGGAGGUGAACAUAUUCACACAAACUCAGCGUGCAUUCUCACAACCAAAUUACUUGUAUGAUAUAUGGUUAAUGAACAUAACACAACAAGUGAUUGUUUAUCCAUAAACUGAAAAACAACCUGUUUUUUUAGAUAACUGUUUUCAGCAUGAUUCUGUGGUACAUGUAACAUUGUAACAAUGACACUGACCGAAAAGUAAAACAAAAACAAACAAAAACAUCCCAAAUGUACAUUACACACCCAGCUUCCAUCGCCAGCAUGUGUGGUGAAAGUGGCCAUUUUUGCCAGUGUCCAUGUAUGCAUGAUGCCUUUUGAUGACAUGGAGCACGUUUGGCAGAAUGAUUGGUUCGGACAAAGUCAGGGUUGUGUUCAGUGGGCCCGAAAUGGAAGAAAACGGCCCGAAACCAAGAGUUACAAUCCAAACUUGUCCAAUAAGAAAUGGUGAUUUUUGUUUUCCGGCCUAUUAAACACAGCCUAGGUGUUUUUCUAUGUGUUUGGUUGGUGAAAGCUCACUGUACACAAACCCCCAAGGGAACUUCAAUCAACAGAUGAAUUCCUUAUUAAAGCGCUGAUUGGUC